GGAAAGGAAAAUCCAAGAGAACCCAGACUCCGGUAGACAUGGGAUCGUCCUGGAACUAGAAGGAAUCAGGUCACAAACUUUGACUGGCCACAAAAAUGCUUUCAGAACAGACAACAGCCCUGGGGACAGGAUGGGAGUCAAUGAAUGUACAACUGGAUGGAGCAGCACCCCAUGAAGAAAGGGGAAGCCCGGAAGAAGGGACAUGGAGAACUGCACCAGGGCCACUGGAGCACCCAUGUCACAACCUUGAAGAGGAGCCACAGUCCCUUCAAGAGAAAACUCAGUCUGCUUCCUGGGUUCCUGCAAUUCCCCAGGAGGGGAGCACCGGAGACUGGGAAAUGGCAGCUGCACUUCUUGCAGCCGGAUCACAGGGCCUGGUAACCAUCAAGGAUGUGUCACUGUGCUUCUCUCAGGAGGAGUGGCGGAGCCUGGACCCCUCUCAGACAGACUUUUAUGGAGAAUAUGUCAUGCAGGAAAAUUGUGGAAUAGUAGUCUCUCUGAGAUUUCCAAUUCCCAAACUGGACAUGCUUUCUCAACUAGAAGGAGGAGAAGAGCAAUGGGUCCCUGAUCCCCAGGACUUAGAGGAGCGAGAUAUACUGAAGGUCACAUACACUGGAGAUGGAAGUGAACAUGAGGGGGAUACCCCUGAACUAGAAGCAGAGCCCCCGAGAAUGCUAUCCAGUGUGUCUGAAGAUACUGUUCUCUGGAACCCGGAGCAGAAUGAGAGCUGGGAAUCCACACCCAGGAGCUCUAGAGGAAUGCUCCUGGGCCCCCCUUUCCUCCAGGAAGAGAGCUUCUCAAACCUUUUGUGCAGCACAGAGAUGGAUUCCCUGUUAAGACCCCAUACUUGCCCUCAGUGUGGGAAACAGUUUGUGUGGGGUUCCCACCUUGCCAGGCAUCAGCAAACACACACCGGAGAGAGGCCUUAUAGCUGCCUCAAGUGUGAGAAAAGCUUUGGGCGAAGACAUCAUCUGAUCAGGCACCAGAAAACCCACCUUCACGACAAGCCCAGCAGGUGCUCUGAGUGUGGAAAGAAUUUCCGAUGCAGUGCCCAUCUGGCCAGCCACCAGAGAGUGCAUGCAGAAGGCAAAACCUGUAAGGGCCAAGAGGAUGAAGAGGGCCCCGGGGCUCGGAAACGGCAGCGGGCCCCCCCAGUGCCAAAAUGUCACGUGUGCACAGAAUGUGGGAAGAGCUUUGGCCGAAGGCAUCACCUCGUGAGACACUGGCUGACUCAUACUGGGGAGAAACCCUUCCAGUGUCCUCGUUGUGAGAAGAGCUUUGGCCGGAAGCACCACCUGGACAGGCACCUGCUGACCCACCAGGGACAAAGUCCCCGGAGCACUUGGGACAGAGGGGCAUCUGUCUUUUGA